UGUGCGUGUGACAGAUGUCCAUCUCAUUGUUGCAGGAUUAGAUAUGCAUAGAUGUAUGCCUGUGUCUUAUCACCAAAAACACAGGUAUAAGAACUCUACAGGCAGACAGAAAGACACAGUCACCCAGUUGAAAACCUUAAGGAUGUUCAUUUUCUUUUGUCAGGCAGUUGCAUGUGGAGUAUUAGGGGACUUAAGCUUUGCCAACGCAAUAGACAUCUUCUAACAUUUCAACAAGAAGGAAAAGGACAUUAAGCUGCAACUAAAGAGAAUAUGUUUGACCAGAGGAAAUAAACACAUCCAGAAGUGAGACCCGUGACUGGUGACAUCAUGUCGGUCAAGCUCUCCAGGAAGCUGAGCAGCAAGAAAAAACAGAAUCCAAAGGCCAGUCCUCAGGCUGAUGUUCUAUCUAGCCUGGGUUUGGAGGCCUUCGGGACUACACAACUGGAUCCAGCUUCUAUGCUGGACAUCAACACCUGGACUUUGGAGAACCCAGCUCCUAAAGAGCCCAAGAAUCUACCCAAUGCUUUUCUCCAUCGGCUCUGGCUACUCAGCUCAGAUGCUCGGAGCCCUUGCUGCACAUCUCCACCUGUUGAUGUAGGAAAUGAAAAAAACUCAGCUGAAGAGACAAUCAAUGGUUUUGGUGGAGAUAAAGAGUGUGCCAUAAACCCUCUUGACCUAGUUACUGCUGUCUUUAUGUCUUCAAACACCUUCCUCCAGCAGGAGAUUACAGAACACAUGGUUCAGUGUCAGUUUGCUGUGCCCCUAGUUCUUCCAAAUGUAGAUCCAGAAGAACCUAGUAGCUUCCUUCUUUGGCCUCUGAGAGGUGUCAUGAACAAAUGGAAGAGCCACUUUCUUGACCAAAUCAGUAAAGUUCAAGAAGGUAAUUUAGCCACCACAUGCAUGCCAUUAAUUUCCUGUGUGAAGCUUGGUCACUGCAGUGUCUCCAAGUCACAAGUUCUAAACCAUUUAAUGAGUGGGCUCAAACUGCCUGGUGAAACCUUUCUCCACAGGGGAAUGGCUGGAGGACAGCUGCCCCGCAGACUCUCUAACGGCCUCGUAGAGAUUGGAUGGUAUCUACCAACUGGAGAAACUGACAGAGAUAUUUUCCCUGUACCUGUGGUGAUAUCUAAUCUCCGUGGUGAUGCAGGUGCACAUGAAAAAUGUCUAAAUCUACUGUGUCAAGCAUCAUCGGCUGUAGUUGUUUUCUGUGGCAAUCUUAGAGAGAAAGACAAACAACUUCUUGCCCUUUGCAGAAACACAGCAAGAGAUCUUAUAUUGAUUGAUGUUUCAGACAAUAUAAAAAAUGAGAACAGUGUUGUAGGGUUUAUUGAUCAGAAUCUUGAAGAGCAUCUGGGGCUCCCCCAAGGAUCAGUGGUUCAAGGGCAAAAUCUGAGUGAGGAGGAACUGGCUAAUAGGCUGUGUGACGUUCUAAAAGUUGUGUUGCCUGACAAAUUGAGACAUGUUACACUCGAAGCGGCGGCACAAAUCGCUCUGAAGCUAGACCUCAUUGUAGAUGAAGGUCCAAUCUGUAAAAAAGCAAUGGCCACAGUGGAUGAAAUGUUGAAAGGUUUAGAUGAGGGGUCUGAGCAAUUUAGGGAGAAAGAGCUGCCUUUGCAGGGGCCGCUAUGGAUCAAAUUGGCAGAAAUAGAAAAAAAUGAGAGAAAACUGAGAAAAGAAGGAAAAGAAAAUGACUUAGAGAGGCACAAUAAAAAGAAAGAUGUCUUACUUGAAUUGAGUAGCUACAAAAUGACCAAGGCAAUGAAGAUCUUCACAGAUGCUCUUUUCACAACAGAUAAAGUAGAGAGAACUUACUUUCUCAGAUGGAUGAAGCUGAAGCUUCAUUUAAUGCAAACUAGAAAACAAAAUACGUCUGAAAAUCUGCACACAAACAUGCAGGCAGAAAAGACAAACGGCCUCCUUGAAAAAACUGCUGAGGAAGAAGAUGUUGCCAAUGAUGACCUGGAGGACAGUGAUAGUUUCUGUACAGAUUCAACAUUUGAAGAAGGGGAAAAUGAAGAGCCACUUGUGAAUACUGAUCAAGAUUUAGAGGAGUUAAAUGAGCCAGAGCUGUCACCAGAUAAAUUAGAUUCAACUCCUCAAGAAACCAAAACCUCAUCUGAAAAUCAUGUAGAAACAUGUCCACUCCCUUAUGAACCUGAACGUUUUGUUUUGGGCCUUGAGCACUUUUUGCGUGAAAUGGGUCUUAUUUUUGAGCUAACACACAUCAGCCCUGGAAGCGGAAGCCAGAAUGUCCUACGUCUUCCAAGUUUAGCUGCAGACCUUCUUCUAUAUGGGAUUCCACUGGAAAUAAUGGAUGGUGAUGCCUCAAAUAUACCAUUGUGCUGGUUAGGAUGCGUCUUUGCAGAGCUAAAACGGCGCCUACCUCAAGAUAAGCUUAAAACCAGAGUAAUGACAAUGCUUGGAGUCCAUGAUGCAAAGAAUGCCAAGGUUCUUUCAGUGUUGUUUGGCAUUCACUUUGCAGGGGAGUGGAAAGGAUCUGCUAGAGGGGUGUAUGUGGUUGCCCUUUGUGUCCCCAUUGACCUCAGAGAAGAAAUGGAAUGUGACUUCCUAUUGUUAAUUGAUGUUGAAGGUUUCUGUUCCAUGUCUCUAGACCACAAAAGUUGUAUCAAGGACAAUGAGAUGGCCACUGUAGCAACAGGAUUAAGUGACAUUUUAAUGCUAAACAUCACAUCAAAUGCAAGUUCAGAGUUUGAAAGUAACUUUGCUGUAAUAGUCAGUGCUCUCCUGCGUAUCAGAGAGUGUGGCUCAAUGCCCAUUUGCCAAUUCCUGGUCCAAGAAGAAGGAAUAAACACCAUAUUACAAGCCUCACAAUUGAAGCGUGUAUCUCAGAUUCUUCAAACAGAAACCGGAGACACCAAAAUGCACAGUCAUGCAAUCUCCACUGUCCAUCUGCCUUGGUGUAUUACAUCUCCAUGUGAACCAGUCAAUUCACACUAUAGUAACAUGGUGAUGACGCUUAAACAGAAACUGUUUAGAACAUUGAAAAAAUGUUCAACUAAGUCUGAAGCUUCGGGCCUUGCUGAAUUUACGGGACAUCUGUGUGCUGUUUGGGAUGCAGUGAAAGCAGAAUCGUUCUCUGUAAGUCUGCAAGACACUAGAACAGCUUUGGCAUUCUCCAUGUUGUGCACAGAACUUUCCCAGUGGGAGAGUUGCUUCUUGGAGCAUGUCGAAAGUUGGCUUAAGGAGGCAAAAAAGAGAAUCCUCACCACUAAGGCAAAGACUUUAGAAACCGCUGUCCAAAAUGAUCUUCUGAAUGAACUGAGGAAUGAAGCCACAGAGACAGUGGACACAGGGGUUAAGGAACUCAAGUCAAAGAUAGAAGACUAUCUGAUGAAAGAUGACCAUCUCAAAACCUACAGUGACACAUUCAGACCAAUACUAAUGGGAAAAUUGGACAACCUCCAAGACCAAACACAAAAGGAGGUAAUCCAAAAAUUAGAGACACUCAAGGAGAAUCAUUGUUCUUCCACUCAGCUGAAAAAUUUUGAGACCUUGCUGGAAAAAGAACAGGAGUCCAAGCUGCAUGAAUUGCUUGAAAACAGCAAAACUAGCAAAGCUCUCCUUCAAGAUUCAGAACUGGAGGAAGAAUUUGAAGGUGUGUGGAGUAAAAUAUUAUCUGACUUUGACUUCAGGCCCUCAGAAACAGAUGAUAUUACUGCGAGAGUAACAGGUAUUCUGAAAGAGAAUCUUAUCAGCCGUGGACUCCAGAAACAUAUAAAGAAACUUGAAGUGAUGGGCCAGAACCAGCCAUCUGGCUUUCAAGUUUAUGAUGAGCAUUUUGGGUACCGCAGCAGAUUAAAACACAUGUUUGAAGACAACAACAGGUACCAGAGGAUAGAAGCUCAACAACUUGCAUGUAACAUCAUAGAUGGAUACAAUCAGUUUGUAGCAGAUAAAUCUAGCAUACCAUCAGAUUUCUCGGACAGUUACAUCACUGAGCUGCUAGAAAAUGUUGAGAAAAUGUUAAAGGAAAAAUCCAUGGAAAUUAGGUCUGCAUUUGAAGUGGAUCUUAAAGUUUAUCUCUGCAAUGCUGCAUGCAAAGAUUUCCAAAAGCUGCAUGACCGUUAUGCCAAGGACACAGAGCUUUUGACAUGCAUCAAUACAUCCAAGACAGCAUACUUGGCAGAGUUUAUCUACCAAUUCAGGAAGAGAGAUCAGUGUCGGCGGGUGGCCCAAGAAUUCAUCUCAAUGGUUGUCAAGCCUAUAGUCUUUGACUACAUCUAUAGACCUUUAGGGAUGUAUAUUGUUGAGCAGAUUCAAGGCAAAGCCCAGGAGUAUCGGUCCCCUCUUGCCUUUUAUCAAAGCUUGCUGGAAGAGCUGAUGAAAGAAGACCACUUUGAAAGCUUUCUCAGAUUUGUGCUCAACUCCGAUGACUUCAGGCAGAAGAAAAUCAAACAGACAGUAGUGGCUCAUGUUUCUGAAUCAAACAGCUUGAACAAAUGGAGACAACAGAGACUUGGUGAAAUUGUUGGAAAGGUUGCCUCAGCAGUGAGCCAAACAGAAGAAAGCAAUAAUGGCCUGUUGAGUGAUGUAAAGCCACUGCUUGAGAGAGUUUACCUCACUCUGGAGAAAGACAUAGAUGUGGAUAUUAGCAGGGCUUCUCUUGAUGGACCUCUCUUCAAUAUCACCACAGAAUGGGAUCGCUUUGUCACAUGUCUGAUGGAGUUAUUGGCAGCAAUGCGGUUGGACCUUUCCCAGGAGUUCUCCCAAACUGUGGAUGCCACCCACCUUCUCCAGAGCCUUCCUGUUCAACCCCAAGACUACCUCUUUGACAAAUUAAGAGGCUGUGAAAAGCAUUGUCCUGCCUGCAAAGCUCCGUGUGAAGUGGAGGAUAGAAUGCAUGAUGUCCAUAAGGCUUUGCUUCAUUGGCCCAAAGGUGUGUUACCCCAUGAUCCCUGCUCUCUCUCAUCUAAUUCUCCUGAAAACAUGACCCAUGACAACAACCAUGAGAAUAUGGACAACCAGGAUUCAUCUUCAGCAUCCCCGGACCCCCACUCCCUCCCCCCCAAUGGCAGUUUCUCGCACGAGGACUCAUGGGAAUCUUGCAUGAUGCCCAUUGCUUACUGGAGGUAUGUGUUGGUGAGGUUCAAUGACAGUUUUGCCCGUGAAUACAAGCAGAACCCAACAGAGAUUCCUGAAGAGUGGAGUAAGAUUACACAAGAGGAUGCCAUGGGCAGUCUGAAGGAGGUCUUCAUUUCUGAGCAGUGCUGAUAAAGAGACUUUUCUGUAUAUUAUCUUUAUGACUCAAUUUAUGACUCACUUAAUGAUGAAAAUUUAAUGAAAUAAAUUACAGCCAUUGUAUUUGUCAUGAAAUUAAUACUGAACUUUUUUUAUUUGAGGAAGACAAUGGAUUGAAUAAAACUUCUUUAAGUUUA